GUUCAAGACACGCCAGUACCUGGUCCACUUUACAUUCACAGACUCUAAUUACCCUGCUAUGGCGAAAGAAGGAGUAAAGCAAUACUAUCAAGCAAAGAUAGAGGAAUGCGAGCUUACUAUAAAUGAGAAAACUCAAAAUCUUCGUCGUCUCGAAGCGCAAAGAAAUGCAUUGAACGCGAAAGUACGACUACUAAGAGAAGAAUUGCAGCUUUUGCAAGAACCUGGCUCAUAUGUUGGAGAAGUUGUAAAAGUCAUGGGAAAGACUAAAGUCCUUGUCAAGGUCCACCCCGAAGGAAAAUAUGUUGUUGAUAUUGGCUCUGAUAUCGAUAUCUCAACGCUCACACCCACUGUUCGAGUAGCGUUACGUAACGACUCAUACCAGCUUCACAAGGUUCUGCCUAAUAAGGUCGACCCACUUGUUUCGCUCAUGAUGGUGGAAAAGGUGCCCGAUUCCACUUAUGAGAUGGUUGGAGGUCUCGAAAAACAAAUCAAGGAAAUUAAGGAAGUCAUUGAACUUCCAGUGAAGCAUCCCGAAUUAUUUGAGAGCUUGGGUAUAGCACAACCAAAGGGUGUCUUGCUUUAUGGACCUCCUGGAACUGGAAAAACUUUAUUGGCAAGAGCCGUAGCACAUCACACAGACUGUCGAUUCAUUCGUGUAUCUGGCUCAGAGCUUGUACAAAAAUAUAUCGGUGAAGGAAGCAGAAUGGUGCGCGAACUUUUCGUCAUGGCAAGAGAGCAUGCACCAUCAAUCAUAUUCAUGGACGAAAUCGAUUCAAUUGGUUCGGCCCGUAUCGAGAGUGGUGGUGGCGGUGACUCUGAAGUGCAGAGAACUAUGUUGGAACUUCUUAACCAGCUUGAUGGUUUCGAGCCCACCAAGAACAUCAAGGUUAUCAUGGCUACAAAUCGCAUAGAUAUCUUAGAUUCUGCAUUGCUUCGUCCUGGACGUAUUGACCGAAAGAUCGAAUUCCCUCCACCGAGCGAAAUUGCUCGUGCCGACAUUCUCAAGAUUCACUCCCGUAAGAUGAACCUGACAAGAGGAAUCAACUUACGAAAAAUUGCAGAGAAGAUGACUGGAAGCAGCGGUGCAGAAGUCAAGGGUGUGUGCACAGAAGCUGGCAUGUAUGCUCUUCGAGAGCGCCGUGUCCAUGUCACCCAGGAAGAUUUUGAAAUGGCCGUCGCCAAGGUCAUGAAGAAGGAUUCAGAUGCAAACACUAGUUUAAAGAAGCUCUGGAAGUAGAUGGAAGAUAUUGGAUAAAACUGUUUAUACAUGGCACAAUAAUGAAAUGCUUUUUUUUUGCGAGCUCUUUUUUCUUUUCCUGUUGCUGCUGUCGGGAUCGU